ACUGGACGGGGCCGCCCUUCUCACGGACGGCUUUCUUCUCCGGCCUGUAGCGCCGCAGUGCCGGGUUGUCGGGGCGGUAUAUCACUCUGUAUAGGGCGCUCAGAGCUCGGGCACUCCGUGUGCCGUCCUGAAGAGCGGUGCGCGAGGCCCAGACAGGCAGGCGGUGGAGGUGGUGAGGAGGCCGGGGUCUGCCGGGCGGGUUACAGGGAGGAUGGAUGGAUGGGUGGUCGGGAGAUAGAGGCGGCAGCUGGGGCCGGGGAUGUGGCGGCGGCAGCGGGCGUGCGGCAGGAGGAGGAAGGCGGGAAGUGCGGCUGCGCUGGAGCCUGCAGCCUCACACCCCCGGGACAGUGCAGCCCCCAGAAUGUGCUCCUCGUGAUGGGGGCAGGGAGGGAUGGAACAGUCUGUGCCCCCCAAGUAGUGCUGAACCCCCCAAAUACUGCAACGUGCGCCCCUCCAGAAGGAGCGCUGCGCCCCCUGGUGGUGGUGGAGGCGUCUGCAGCUUUCAGGACACAGAGAAAGGAUUACAGCUCCUCAAAUGUGGGGAGGUCACCCCAAAAUAUCACCUCCGCCCCCUGUGUAACCGUCCAGAAUCUGCAUCUUCUCAAUGGAAUAAAAACAUCUACAGCGAGAAUCAACAUGUAGAUUUCAGGUGUAACUACUGACUGUGAAGAAUAGUCGCCUCCAGUUUGGCGCAGUGUUCCUUUUAUUGCUACCGGUUUCCUUUCAUCUGCUGACUAUCUGGAAGCAGUCUGAGCUCCAGAGAGAAUGGAUGACAGUCCCACCCAUGUAGAAACCAUUGACGUCUACAUUGAGCCUGACCCGGAAGAGGAGGAGCUGCAGCUGAAAAGGCUGGUGAAAAGGCCUCGCAGAGAUGAAGACUUUGUUCCUGCCGACGAGGAUUUGGAAGACGAAAGCCUUCAAGACGACGACGAAGAUAGUGACUACUCUCCUCCUACGCAUGGAAGAAACCUGAGAAGACGUAGACAGUACUACUGCUCGGAGUGCGAGAAGUGCUUCAAGCACAGCGCCUCUCUGGAUGCCCACCGCAAAAUUCACAAAAACAUCAGUAACAACGUGUGCGAUGUCUGCAACGCCACUUUCCUCUCAAAGUCCGACCUGAUGAUGCAUCGCAAGGGGCACCAACCCGUUAAUCGUAUUGACAUUCCCGGGACCCCAAUCGUGACCGCAAUCGUGGCCCCAAUCAUGACCCCUAUCAUAACCCCAAUCAUAACCCCAAUCAUAACCCCCACCGAAAGCUCCAACUCGAGUGGCAGCAACAGCCCCCUCCUCCUGACGGACGAGAAGCCUCAUCAGUGCAAUUACUGCGAGAAAAAGUUCCGAGACAAGUCUAUUUUGGAAGCCCAUCAAAGAAUCCACACUGGAAAACUGGCCUAUCCGUGUUCUCUGUGCGACGAGAGCUUCUCCAAGCCGGCUCUGCUUGCCGCUCACAGCAACAUCCAUCGAGAAGGCAAACCCUUCCACUGCGACCAGUGCGAUAAGAAAUUCAAUGACCAGUCCCUUCUUGUCGCCCACAAGAGAACCCACACCGGAGAGAAGCCUCAGAAGUGCAACCAUUGCAACAAAUGGUUCCCCAACCGUAGCAGCCUGGAAGCCCACGGAGAGUGCCACCUGAAACCCAAGCCCUACAAGUGCCGGCACUGCGAGAAGAGCUUCAACGACAAGUCCCUGCUCAUCACUCACGAGGGGGUGCACACAGACACUAAGCCCUUCAAGUGCACCCAGUGCAGCGAGAGCUUCUUCUUGAAAACCCAGUUGGUGGCCCACCAGGGCACGCACGCUCCUGACAAACCCUAUCCGUGCAACCAGUGCGAGAGGAGCUUCAACAAAGAGGAGACAUUGCUGGCGCACAUCCGGGUGCACAACAUGCAGAACACGGAGAGGCCAAAGCCCUUUAACUAAUUGCUUUUACAGUCGCAGUUUUUAAAUUUCAAGCCGAUUCCCCCCCGUAAUUCUUCAGAGCGAGCUUUACGUUGGUCUUCAUUGGCAGUAUCCAACUUAUUUUUCUUAUCUGCGUGUCCACCAUUGUCAUUCUGAUGAGAGAGAUGUCUUGUGCGAUGGACACUUUGUAUAUAGUUACCCAUGUAUAUCGUCACAGGAGAGGACGUCGGCAGGAGAAGCUUACACGAGACACUUCUUGGAGAUAGCUGCAUGCCAACUGGUGAUCAUACUGGACGUCCCCUGUUGUAGAUAGGACUCGGAUUAUUGGGGGGUGGGGGGGGGGGGGGGGGGGGAGUUAUGUCUCAGAUCGGGAUUCCAAGGAUCUGAAGAAAGCAGAUGUUUCUCAAGUGCUUAUGUGAUGGGUGAGCGUCUAGGUUUCUCUGCAACCUACUGAAUGGAAAUGCGUUGGGUGGAGGAGCAGCAUGAACUUGUGCUACUGACCAUCGAUGUUCUCCGAACCUUCCGAAUCUUCAUCCUUUUUGCUCGUCGGCAUCACUGAAAACCACCACCGUUGCCUCCAGUUUCAUUUCCUGCGGCUGAGUUUGACGCCUCGCACGGACGGUGCACCUCUACCGGAGUUUUACGCUAGUAGCCAUUAGUUUGGAUUUAGUUAUAUAAUAAACCAGGGGUGGGGGAGGGGUUUUUUUUUUUUUUUUUCCUUUCUUUUUUUUUUACGUUCAGGAAGGGUUAAUAAAAUGUCAUCUUCAGUGUUCAGCUUUUAUUGAAAUCUUCACUGUAUUCUGUAAGAAAUCAUUCUGCAAGUUAUUAAAGUUCGUUUCCAGUGAUCUGGGCGCAGCGCUCGCUGUCUGUCAGGCUGCAAUAAA